AUGGGAUCUUCCUGCGAAAACGAUGCGGAGUGCCAAUAUGGGACUCUAUGCAUGACAGAAAUUCAAAGAUGUGUUCCAAUUGGCUCUUUAGAAGUCGGCACUCGAGUUUAUGAGUGCAGUUAUGGCAUCAAUUUACUCUGUCAGUAUGGAACUUGUGCAAGUCUACUCACAGAUGAAGAUUAUUUUUUCUGCAAUAAGCCUGUGAAAUCUAAAUCAGAAUUUCCAGAAACCUGCAGUAUAGACAGCAAUUGUCAAAAGUAUGGAUGCUGUCUUUCAGAGUAUGACGAUUUCUAUGAAAGAUUUCUUCCGCAUAAUUGCUUUGACUCAUGCCUUUUCCUCGGGAGCAUUUUCUCUUGCAGCGAUUUCCUCAGCACCAUUUGAUCAAAGCUUUUCUUAUUAGACAUUUGUUGAAAAAUAACAGUUUUUUCUGGAAAAAUGUUAAAUUCCCCCUACUUCCAUAAGCGAGCAAAAUCAUUUGAAAAAUCCCUAUUUUUUGCCCCAAAACCCACCCUCCUUAAGCGAACAAAAAUUUUUUAUGAAAAAAGAAUUUUUGAGAUAAGUGAUAAUUAUGAUAAUAAAAUCUCGAGCUGGUUCUGUUUAAUUUUAAACAGCUUUCAAUUUCAAACAUAAAUUUCGCAGAUUAAAUUAAUUUUUUACUUCUCAGUUUUUACAAAUUUGAUUUUUUUUAAAUCUUAAUAAAUCUAAAAAAAUCAACUCUCUCCGUAAGCCGUAAGCGAACAAAAUUUUUGUUCGUUUACGGAGGGGAGGGGGGAGUAAGAAUAAAAAAGCUCCCCACCAGAUUUUGCUGAGAAAAUGGCUGCCUGGAAAAAAUCAUAAACAAAGAGCAUGUACGGAUGCUUUUGUCAACAUCAUGAAACUGAGACAGGAGUAUGCCCACUAUUCCAAGGAGAUGAACCAAUGCAGCUUGCAAUCCAGCAGGUAAUGAACUGGCAUAAAAGCAAAGAGAUUCAAAAUUGCAAUUCAAGUAGAAGAGAGGAUUUAAUCUGCGCUAAAGAAAUGCUUGAUGACAAUGCUUACCAAAAGCUGAUAAAUUCUUUAUCGUAUGUGAAAUUUUAUCCAGUAAAUUUAAGCUUUGAUGAGUGUGUUUUAAAUGCGCUUACAACGAAUAUGCUUGGGGAGAUGAGUGAUUAUCUAGAAAGAUAUAUUAAUUAA